AUGUCUGAUAUUCACUCAUUUAAAACAGUUGAAAGUUGGAGCGUAGAUUAUGUCAGAAAAUUUUUAAAUCUUAAUAAAGAGGAUUUCUCUCUUAACGAUGAUGAAAUUCGUAAACUUAAAGAGCUUGGCAUCAACGGUAGGGCGCUCCUUAGGUAUACCGAAAAAAAGCUUAUGGAUGAUGGUUUAAGAAGAGGACCAGCCUGUAACCUUGCGGAUUAUAUAAUUCGGUUAAAUCGAAAGGCAAGAACUCCAAAACCUACAUACGAUUCUGUCUCCAUUUAUAUUGAUAAUUCUAACCUAUUCAUUGAGGGCUCGAAAGUCGUUAGUUACCUUGAAAAAGUGAAUGCCUUUGACCAUAAGAAAUCAGAUUUCCUCGAUUUUUAUAUAGAUCAUGGUCUACUUGUCACAACAAUUUUAAAAGGACGAAAAUUGAACAAGACCUUUAUUAUCGGCUCUAUUCCACCACGUAAUGAUACGAUAUGGGCCCGAGCGAGGGAUCAUGGGUGUGAAGUAAAAACUUACCCACGAAACUCUUCAAGCAAAGAGAAAAAAGUUUACACAGAACUCGUUUGCGACGGAAUGGAAUCCUUAUUAACUGAGAAUCCGGGUACGUUAUUGCUAGUUUCUGGUGAUGCAGACUAUUGUCCCUUAAUGGUGAGAGCCCAAAAAAAAAAUUGGAAAAUCGAAACGCGGUUUUGGUCUGGAUUACUGGUUAAGGAUGAUUAUCCGUUUACCACACCUAUGGCAAAUGAUCUUAGAAA